AAAUUUCUUUGAUUUCUAAAAUCUUUGUGUAUAAUUUUUAAAGAUACAUAGAUGUAAUAUAGUGUAAUUAUUGUGUUGAAAUGAAACGAAGCCAUGAAGAUGCUGAUAUUUAUAAUGUAAGACGACCAGCUAUGCCUGGAUCUCAUAAUCUUACCAGUAUUUCAGCUUCGCAUCAAAAUGCUGUUAUAGUUGGAUCUCAUCCUGCUUCAGGUCUUUCUGGUUCACACCAGUUAUCUGGACCACACCAUCUUCCUGCCAUAUCUGGACCUCAUCCUCCUGCUGGUUCACAUUCUACUUCAGCCAGUUUUUCUCAUCAAACUCAUCCUCCAACCCCUAAACAGUUGACACAUAAUUUCGAGCAAAUGAGAGAUUUGACAAGACCAGCAUUUUCUGGUUCUCAUAUGCCUCUACCUAAUGUUUCAAACUCUUCCCCUCCAGUAAACGGGUCCCAUUCUUCAUUGACUCAACAAUCUGCUCAUAUGCCUCCUAAGCCUUCUUUUCAAACACAUGUUCAAGGUCCAUCUCAUGUAGCUGGAGGACAGCAGCAGUACCAGAGGUUGAAGGUGGAAGAUGCAUUAUCAUAUUUAGAUCAAGUAAAAUUACAGUUUGGGAAUAAGCCUCAAGUCUACAAUGAAUUUUUGGAUAUCAUGAAAGAGUUCAAAUCACAAACUAUUGAUACGCCUGGAGUAAUUAGUCGUGUAUCAGCACUUUUUAAAGGACAUAUUGAUUUGAUUGUUGGCUUUAAUACUUUUCUGCCUCCUGGUUACAAGAUUGAAGUAAGUUUAACAGAUAUUAACACAGUCAAUGUGUGUGCACCAACUGGUACUACAACUCACCUUAUAUCAGGUAGUGGUCUAAUAGCAGCUCCUAGCCAGCCAAACUUGAAUAAGCCACCUGUUGUACAGUCUAUAAGCCACGUAAGUACCUUAGUAUCUACUGCUGUAACUACUACAUUACCAAAAUCUCCAACUCGACCUAUUUCUUUACCUUCAAAAUCCUCUUCCCCUGUUUCAUCUGCACCUGUUAUGUCUUUACCAUCCCCUGGUGUCCAUUCUCAAACACAGGCUCAGCAUCAUGCUAUUAAUUAUGUCACAAAAAUAAAGAAUCGGUUUCAAGGGCAACCUGAAGUCUACCAGAAGUUUCUUGACAUUCUCAAUAAUUAUCAAACAGAACAGAAAGCAAUUAAGGAAAAUACUGUGGAUCAGUAUGGUAGAGUGUGUCAAGAACAGGAUAUUUAUGCUAGAGAGGGAAAACUUGCUACAGAGGUCUAUCAGCAAGUUGCUAAACUUUUUAAUAAGCAAGAAGAUUUAUUGCAAGAAUUCAGUCAGUUCUUACCUGAUGCUACUGGAUCUACAUUUAAUCCAAAUAUGGUAUCUACAGUUGCAGCUGCUUCUGUGGUUACUCAAUAUCAACCAUUAUCUAAAGGUGGAAAGAUUACGACAUCUGCUGGAAAUAAUGCAACAAAAAUAUUAACUGUAAAAACUAAAAAACUAGGAUCUCAAAACAAUGUGAAACAAGAACAAAUGGAAAUUGAUAAAGAUAGCUCAGAUAAAAAUAAAAAACGCCAUAAAUCAGCAUUAAAAGAUGUUUCCCUUGAGGAAGCUGUAAAACAUGGAAGUUUCAGUGAUUUUGCAUUUUUUGAUAAGGUUCGAAAAGCAUUAAAAAGUCAAGAGGUGUAUGAAAACUUUCUUCGAUGUUUAACACUAUUUAAUAAUGAAGUAAUUUCCAGGGCUGAAUUAAUUCAAUUGUCUACUACAUUUUUGGGGAAAUUUCCUGAUUUGUUCAAUUGGUUUAAAACAUUUCUUGGAUAUAAGGACAAUCAACAGCCUGAAACAAAUAUAACAGGAUUUAAGGACAGAGGAACUGGUGGAGAAUUAGCUCAUUUAGAGAUUGAUUUUGCUUCAUGCAAGAGAAGUGGCGCAAGUUACCGUGCUUUACCUAAAAGUUACACUCAGCCAAAGUGCUCUGGCCGAACACAACUAUGUAAAGAUCUUCUCAAUGACACCUGGGUUUCACUCCCAUCUUGGUCAGAAGACACUCAAUUUCCUGGUACACGAAAAACACAGUAUGAAGAAUAUAUUUAUAAAUGUGAAGAUGAACGUUUUGAACUUGAUAUUGUUGUUGAAGCCAAUCUAUCAACAAUCAAAGUUUUAGAAGGCGUACAAAAAAAACUCUCACGAAUGAACUCUGAUGAUCAGCUGAAAUUACGCUUAGACAAUUGUUUAGGAGGCACUUCUGAGAUCAUUCAUAGGAAAGCUAUUUAUAGAAUAUAUGGAGAUAAAUCACCAGAAAUCAUAGAUGGGUUGAAGAAAACACCUAAUGUUGCUAUUCCUGUGGUUUUAAAGCGACUCAAGCAGAAAGAUGAGGAAUGGAGAAUUGCGCAGAAACAGUUUAAUCGUAUUUGGAGAGAUCAGAAUGAAAAAUAUUAUCUUAAGUCUUUAGAUCAUCAAGGUAUAAACUUUAAACAAAAUGAUUUGAAAGCUAUUCGAUCAAAAAGUAUUAUUCAACAUAUCGAAAUGUUAUAUGAAGAGCGAAGUGAUCAAAUAGAUGAAGGAAGCACUGAAUUAUCUGGUCCACAUAUCACUUUUGUUUAUCAGGAUCAAUCGACACUUGAGGAUGCGUCAUCAUUAAUAAUUCAUCACAUGAAGCGUCAAACUAGUAUUCACAAAGAAGACAAAACAAAGAUUAAAGCUGUCCUGCUUCAUUUUUGUCAAAAUUUGUUUUUUGCACCGCGCGGUGAAUUAAGUGAUGAUGAACAAGAAGAAGUUUUAGAGAGUAAGCAUAUAUCAUAUCAAAAUGAUGAAUACAAUUUAUUCUUCACUAACAGCGCAUGGUUCAUUAUGUUAAGGAUGCAUCAAAUGCUUUGUGAAAGGUUAUUGAAGAUGAAUCAACUUGCUGCAGAAGCUGCAGCAUUUGAAUUAAAUGAUAAAAAACAUAGAAGAGAGGGGACAGCAGUUGCUUUGCACUUAAAAAAGAUGCCAACAACUGAUAUUGAGGAAUAUUAUCCUGGAUUUUUAGUUAUGGUGAAAAAUUUAUUGGAUGGUCAUACAGAUUCUAAUUCAUUUGAAGAUUCUUUACGUGAAGCUUUUGGAGUAAAUUCGUAUAUUGCAUUUACAAUAGAUAAACUAAUUCAAAAUAUUGUUCGUCAGCUUCACAGUCUUGUAACAGAUGAUAUUAGUAUGAAACUUUAUGCAUUAUAUGAAGAUGAACGUAGGAAUGGUGCAGCAGGUGGCUCGUCAAUUACUGCCACUGCUAGAUCUGGGUUGGAGUUAGCUUACCAAAAGAAAGUGGAAACCCUACUUUCAGAUGAAAAUUCAUAUAAAAUAUAUUUUCACAAGGAUAAUGGCACAUGCAAAGCCAGUAUAGAACUUCUUCCUAAUGAAGGUGAUUUAUCUGAAGAUCAAGCUGAAGUUGAGAAAUGGUCAGAAUAUGUUGAGAGGUUUGUAGGUAACUCUGAAGUCAUGUCUGAACUCAAAGAGCAUCUAUGUAAAAAGCCUAUAUUUUUGUUAAGGAAUUCACGGGUUUUGCAGCGUUUUUCAAAACGACAGAACAAACACAAAAGGAAAAAGCGAGAUGAAUGUGAAGAUAAUGAUGAGCCAAGUGAAAGUGUUUCAUCUUCAACAUCCGAUGUCAUUAUGGACAACAGAUUGGAGUGCAAAAUCAGUCAAAAUACUUAUAAGAUGCGCUACGUUUCGGGUACGAGAGAUCUAAUGUUUCGUAGAAGUACAGUUGGAAAAUCUCUUAAGUCUCAUCCUUCAAUCAAUAUGCGUUUGCAUUCUAUAUAUAAAACUUCCCAUGAAGCAUGGCUGCACGAAAACACAACCAGGGAUCAGUGUCACCAGACAGAACUUUGGUUCACCGGAAAAGACGGCUCCGAAGAUAUGAUGUCGUGCAUAACGACAAAAGACGUCUUUAAACACGGUGGGAUCAAUAUAAAUAAAUAUUCAGUAAUUUACACAAAAGAUUCUAAAAAUGGAUUUAAAAGUGCCUAAAACUGUAAUAGAAACUAUUUUAAAAUAUCACAAAUUCGAUCGUUUUUUAGAAUUGAAUAAACAGUUUUAUUUUAAAGUAAAAACUUGAAAUAAGGACUUACAUGCUUGUUAAGAUGUAUAAUGAAAUUAGAUAAAGAGUUACUAAAAAAAACUUUUAGUACAAUACUUAAUAAACGUAGUUAGGUAGUUAGAGUUCAAUAAGUGUCUAAAGCAAAACAUUCUUAAAUACAAAUGUUUUUAGAUAAACGGUUAAGUAUUUAAAGUUACUUUCUUUUUUUACGCCUAAUGUAAAGCUUUAAACGGACAAAGUUUAAAUGUACAUUUAUGACCAAAACUUUUAUAGAAGAAGCAGUAAGUUAAAUAAUAUUUAUGAAUAUUAUAUACAGCUUCAAAUAUUUGUCUUAAAAAUUUUAGUUUUUAAAUUUUCUAAUAAUAGAGUAUUUUAAUCCAAAAGUUUUCUAUUUUUAUAAUACAUUAGUAUAUAAAAAAAGAAUUUAGGUUUUUUUUCAGAAAUCUAUAUUUGAUAAGGUUGUUUGAACACUAAAAAAAAAAUGUAUUAUUUUUGUAUUGGUCAAACAAAAAUUUUCCUUCGAAAUUGUACUUGAACGAUCGGCAGUUUUACGUUGACGUUUAAAAUGCUCCCAUCGAUAAACCCUUGUUUUUGAUUAUUAAAAUGUUUAUGGAAUUUUUUUUUACGCUAAACAGUUUUUAAACCAAUAUUGUUUGAAAUACAUACACUUUUUAUUUA